GUGACAGUGAAGGUGUGAAGUGUGCGAUUUAACUAAAGUGAUAGAGAAAUUCAAAAAGUACUAACACUUUGUAAGAAUGAAACUGACCAUUCUGUUGGUCGCCCUCUGGGCGACUCUGACUCACGCCAUCACUGCCGAAGAAACCCAACCGUCCGAAGACAUUGCAGAAAGAGGCCAACGCGUUACAAGGCAAACAAGUGCAGACCAGAUGGUCCAAAACAUCCUUCAGUGGCUGCAAGGGGUAUACACACAAAACGCCAGGAAAAUUCGCCAGGGAACUCUUCGUGAAUAUCUCCCUCCCAGCAACACCCAGAAACCAAGGCCUUUCGAACCAGUUGGCUACCCACCAGCAGGAAUCACCCCUCAACCUCCAUUCCCAUCGCCUAACAACGAUAUCACUCCACCAUAUACGGGAUUUCCUAGCUCUCAGCCUCCAUUUACAGGAUACCCCACUCAACGUCCCGGUUUCCCCACCCAGCGCCCCGGUUUCCCCACCGGUCCUCCAACUGGGUACCCUACCCAGCGUCCCGGUUUCCCCACCAGUUCUCCAACUGGGUACCCCACCCAACGCCCCGGCUUCCCCACCAAUCCUCCAACUGGGUACCCCAGUCAGCGUCCCACUUUCCCAACUUCGCCACCAGUGUCGACCGGCUACCCCACCCAACCCCCGUUCUCCACUGGCUACCCCACCCAGCCCCCAUUCUCCACCGGCUAUCCCACCCAGCCCCCAUUCUCGACCGGUUACCCCUCCUCCACCUACGGUCCUCCCGUGACUACUGAAGCCCCCCAGACUCCCAGUCCCUCCACCGGCUCGCCCAUCACUUCCGCCCCCACUACACACUUCACCUCCCCUGCCAUCACCUCCCAAACGACUGAAGGCGACACCACCACGAUUUCAUCCGGUGACGUAACACCAACGGAAGGUCCUGGAGUGACAACUGAGCCGACCUUGGGCCCAUCUGGCGACGAUGAUUCGAAGCAUCCUCCGCAUAUCCACGCGAUAGAAGUAGAAUGUGCCAAGGACAUGAUGACCAUCAGUAUUGAGUUCAACAGGGAGUUCAAUGGGGUGAUUUACUCCAAGGGGUACUACGACACGCCUGAAUGUAGGUAUGUGAACGAGAACUCCGAGCAGACGAAGUACCGCUUCACCGUGAGUCUGAAUUCUUGUGGAACGGAGUUUGUCAACGCGUUCGAGACCCAGGGACAAUCUUAUCUGGAGAACGUCCUGGUGAUUCAGAACGAGCAAGGGAUCCAAGAGGUCUGGGACACGAUUCGAGCAGUCAGAUGCCUUUGGGAGGGAAAUUUGAAGGAUUCUUUGAGCGUGGGAUUAACCGUGGGGAUGUUAAGCCAAGAAACCGUCACCUUUAGCGGGGACACGGCUAUGGCUAAACUCGAUAUUCAGCUAGGACGAGGUCCCUUCGCUCCUCCAGCGAACGGCCUGGUCAAAAUCGGCGAACAAAUGACCCUGGUGAUUUCCGUCAGCGGUGACCCCGGUUUCGACAUCCAAGUGAAAGACUGUAAGGCCACGGACUCCUCCGGGGAUAAGGUUUACCCCCUCACCGACGAAAACGGCUGCAUCCUCAAACCCAAGCUCUUCGGGGCCUUCCAGAAGACCAGGAACACUGGAAGCAGUGGGGCUUCCAUUAUAGCUUACGCCUUCUUUAACGCCUUCAAAUUCCCAGACAUCAUGGACUUGAUGAUCCAGUGCAACAUAGAGCUCUGCAAGACCGACUGCCAGGUGUGUCCAGAAUCCAACCAGCAAAUCGAGCCUGGUAGACGCAGAAAGCGAGACGUGAGCUACUCCAACAACACUAUAGGUGAUGGCGUCACCAUGGGCAAACACUUGAGGGUGAUUUUGCCCGAGGAGUUGAACGAGAGUGGCUAUGCCGUCGUCAACAUGAACGAAAUGGAUGGGGUUUGCAUGACCGUGCAGAAUUUCGUUUUGUCUUCGGUCAUUGUGAUCUCGCUUCUCACUGCCAGUAGUAUUGUUAGUGCUUGUCUUUGGUUGAAGAAUCAGAGAUUAACGUAUAAGAAUUAAGGUGUCACCAAUCCUGCCAAUGUAGUUCCGAAGAGAUUUAAGUUAUUUAAGCGCAGUAUUUUUAUUUAAGUUUUGUAAUUUUAUGUAGGGUCUGAAUAUUUAUGUAAAUAUUUGAUUAAUAAAAUAAGUAAUUUUUUAA